AGUGAGCAAAGCGAGCUUUGUCAAUUGCAGACUGAGGAUUUACUUGUGUAUCGCGAUAUAUUUGCAAUCUUCAGCGCGUAUAAAACACACUUGGCGACGAUACGUGCGCAUACCGUGUUUUUAUAUAUAGCUACUCACAACACGUAUUCAAAUUUCAAUUACUUUUAUUCGAUUUUAUCUCUGGUACACCUCGCGGCUUACGAUAUAUACUACACAAUUAUUCGCAACAAGACGUUGCUCUGUUAAUAUUCAUGCCGCGUGCCUCCCUCGAUGCGUGGAUAAGCCAAUCGGAGAUCUGAUUACCAAGAGAUGACUUAUCGUUUUUUUAUAAUAAGGACGAAAUAUACGUAUUAAAGCUAAAAUAGCUCCGCGUAUCUCACGGAUUUUACAUGUCAUUCUCUAUCAUCAAAAACCGGCUUUAAUCGUUCAACAACACAAGACUCAAUUGUCCAAUUAUGUAACAAAAUCGUAAUCAUAUUGUUAUUCAAACGCGAUAGAGUAAAAUUCAUCGAUAAUGCGAAAAAUGGUGAUCUUUUUUUUUCAAUGAGAUGCAAAGAAGCUGCAUGCGAUAUCAGUAUAUGAGAGAGAUGGUUAUGUGCACUCGAGGACUUGCACAGACGCAGUUAAGCUUGAAAGCUCGACUGUGUGUACGUGAGAUAUCGCAAGCAACAUGUGUGCCAGAAAGUUAAUCCAAAGAAAUAGCGACGCUUCCUACUGUUUAGAUCAACUUUGAAUUACCAGAAAAAUAGCAUUAUGAUGCAAGCAUUCCUUACACACCAUUGAUCAUUUACUUAGACUUCCGGUGUGUUGGUUAUCUUUAAAACAGAUUGUUUGAAAUAAAUUGUGAUACAAUGGCACCAAAAGAAUCAACAAUGCCUUCAAAAAGAAGCUGGGCUAAAGAAGCUGUUAUACAAAUAGGAUCUGGAGGAUCUGCUGGAUUUGUUGAAGUUUGUAUAAUGCAUCCAAUGGAUUUAGUUAAAACUCGUUUCCAAAUACAAGUGAAGACAAACAAAUCUGAUCCUACUUAUUAUACAGGUAUUUGGGACUGCUUAAAGAAAAUGUAUAGAAAUGAAGGUUUUUUUGCUUAUUGGAAAGGAAUUGUACCACCAAUUUUAGUCGAAACACCUAAGCGUGCAGUAAAAUUUUUUACUUUUGAACAAUACAAGCAGUUUUUCUUAUUUGGUUCAACAACACCUACACCAGUGACAUUUAUGUGUGCUGGAUUAAGUGCUGGAUUUACGGAGGGACUUCUAGUUAAUCCAUUUGAGGUUAUUAAAGUGCAAUUACAAUCAGAUCGUAAACAUAUAAAAAACACACCAUCUACAAUGGCUGUAACAAAAGAAAUUAUCCGAAAACAUGGUUUUGGUCUAAAUGGUUUGAAUAAAGGGCUUACUGCAACCUUAAUGAGAAAUGGUCUUUUUAAUGGCUUUUAUUUUGGCUUCUAUCAUUCUACAAAAGCAUAUAUUCCUCAGAGUCAAGACUUUAUGACAGACUUUUUAACAAAAGCGGGAUUAGGAUUUUGUUCUGGAAGUCUUGCAUCUUGUUUAAAUAUUCCAUUUGAUGUUGCUAAAAGCAGAAUUCAAGGUCCAGAAGGGCAUAAAUAUAAAGGAACUUUGAAAACUAUUCAAAUUGUUUACGCAACUGAAGGAUUUAGAGCUUUAUACAAAGGUCUUCUGCCAAAAGUAAUAAGACUUGGUCCAGGAGGUGCCAUUAUGCUGGUAGUUUAUGACUAUAUGCAUGAAUAUUUAGUGUCAGUGCUUAAUUGACAAAUUUAUUUUUAUAUUAUUUAUAAUAGAUUAAUUUUUUAUACAUUCAAUGUUUUUCUUAUACAUGAAUUUAAUCUGAUGUAAAUAAAAAAAUUUUACUUACUACA